CGCCCCGAGCGCCCGCGAGCGCGACCCGCGCAACGCGCAACGCGCCCGAGCGAUAAGCACGUCCAGUGAUAGUGUGGUUCCUGGGACGCCGAGGACGGAGCGGGCCGGCGUCGGGCCGGUGGCGGGCCGGUAUAGGUGUAGCGACAUCGAUGCACCGCGCGCGCAGACGGCUGGAGGAGCGCGCUCGGCCUGUCCACGCGCCCUCAUCCACGCGCGCCCUCACCACACCGCGUUAGACACUAUAUUGCGGUCGGACAUGAAAAAUCUAGAUUCUCUGCUGGCUGUUCCUAUCAGCGAAAUCGUGGUAACUUUCAUCUCUACAGUAGCCGCGGUCACACUGCUCCCCUGGACGACAGAAGGGCGGUCCGCCCGGAGGUGGUCGGCGGGAGAUCGCGGGCGCCGGUCGUGUAGCCGCGCGCGGUUCCCACACCACACACACCCACCUAUUCACUGUUAACAGUAGGCAGUUCACUCGGGGGGAGUUUAAUAUACAAUGUCCGAAGACUUGGACUCGAUCAGCGAGGAAGAACGAAGUUUGUUCCGACCCUUCACCCGAGAAUCAUUGGCCGCCAUCGAAGCCCGCAUAGCUGAAGAGCAUGCCAAGCAAAAGGAACUCGAGAAAAAACGAGCGGAAGGCGAGAACGAUUUGGGGCGGACGAAAAAGAAAAAAGAAGUGCGAUAUGAUGACGAGGACGAGGACGAGGGCCCUCAGCCGGACGCGACGCUGGAGCAGGGCCUGCCCCUGCCCGUGCGCAUGCAGGGCACCUUCCCUUUGGAACUCGCCUCCACGCCCCUCGAGGACAUCGAUCCUUUCUAUCUUAAUCAAACAACAUUCGUAGUCAUAAGCAAGGGUAAAGAUAUCUUCAGAUUUUCGGCAACGAACGCUUUAUGGAUACUGGACCCCUUUAAUCCCAUAAGAAGAGUGGCGAUAUACAUAUUAGUUCAUCCGCUCUUCUCGCUGUUUAUAAUUACCACAAUCCUAGUCAACUGUAUAUUAAUGAUAAUGCCCACCACUCCGACUGUCGAAAGUACUGAAGUUAUCUUUACCGGCAUCUACACCUUUGAAUCGGCGGUGAAAGUAAUGGCCAGGGGUUUCAUACUACAGCCAUUCACAUACCUUAGAGAUGCAUGGAAUUGGCUUGACUUCGUAGUUAUAGCUUUAGCUUAUGUGACGAUGGGCAUAGAUCUCGGCAACUUGGCCGCUCUCAGAACGUUCAGAGUCUUACGAGCUUUGAAGACUGUGGCCAUCGUACCGGGUUUGAAGACCAUCGUCGGAGCCGUAAUAGAGUCCGUGAAAAAUCUACGCGAUGUGAUAAUAUUGACCAUGUUCUCGUUGUCUGUGUUUGCGUUGAUGGGAUUACAAAUUUAUAUGGGAGUGCUGACGCAGAAAUGUAUAAAAGUGUUCCCAGAGGACGGGAGCUGGGGCAAUCUGACUGACGAGAACUGGGAAAGAUUUUGUCAGAACGAAACAAAUUGGUACGAAGAAAACGGCGACUAUCCAUUAUGCGGGAAUUCUUCAGGAGCAGGGACAUGUGAGCCGGGCUAUAUAUGUUUGCAGGGCUACGGCCCGAAUCCCAACUACGGCUACACAAGUUUCGACACCUUUGGUUGGGCCUUUUUAUCUGCGUUUCGUCUUAUGACCCAAGACUACUGGGAGAAUUUAUAUCAAUUGGUGCUAAGGUCAGCAGGUUCGUGGCACGUUCUGUUCUUUGUAGUGAUUAUCUUCUUGGGCUCGUUCUAUCUUGUGAACUUGAUCUUGGCUAUCGUCGCGAUGUCGUACGAUGAGUUGCAGAAAAAGGCAGAAGAAGAAGAACAAGCGGAAGAAGAAGCACUUAGGGAAGCAGAGCAAAAGGCAGCAGCGAGAGCGGACAAGCAAGAAGCGAGGGAAGCGCACGCGCGGGAACAAGCGGCAGCGGCGGAGGCAGCAGCAUACGCCGAGGCCCACCCCGUCAAGUCCCCCAGUGACUCCUCCUGUCAGAGCUACGAGCUGUUCGUGAACCAGGAGCGGGGCGCCCAGGACGACAAUACACGCGAGCGCAUGUCCCUCCGUAGCGACCCCUUUCAGGACUCGGUGAGCACCCAGCCCACGCACAAGCCCACCGAAUCGCACGAACCGGCACGCCGCCAGAGGAAGGUCAGCAUGGUUCCCCACCCUGAACGCAUUAAUAAAUAUGGACAGUUAUAUGGGCCACUGCGCGAAGGCUCCCAGGCUUCGUUAUCUCUACCUGGAUCACCGUUCAAUUUACGCCGUGGUUCUCGAGGGUCCCAUCAGAUGGCUUUAAGACCAAACGGAAGGUCGAGGUAUCCACCGGGAGCGGACAGGAAACCGCUAGUGUUGUCCACGUAUUUGGAUGCCCAAGAACAUCUGCCGUACGCGGACGAUUCUAACGCAGUGACGCCGAUGUCCGAAGAAAAUGGUGCUAUUAUUAUUCCAGUCUACUAUGCAAAUUUAGGUUCAAGGCAUUCCUCGUACACGUCACACCAGUCUCGGCUAUCGUAUACAUCUCACGGUGAUCUGUUGGGAGGUAAAGCACAAACGAAGGAAGCUAAACUCCGAGGUCGAUCAGCGUCUAGGAAUCACAGCGUGACGUCACAGCCGCAUGCCUACGCACUGCCACGACAGGACUCCUCGCUCGCCUCAAGACCGCUGAGAGAAUAUGAAAUCAGCACAACGGAAUGUACUGAUGAAGCAGGAAAAGUUCUAAAGCAAUCUGGUGACAAUCCCUUCAUAGAGUCCUCACAACAACCUAACGUAGUAGAUAUGAGAGAUGUAAUGGUAUUAAAUGAAAUCAUAGAACAAGCUGGAAGACAAAGUCGAGCGAGCGACCAAAACGUGUCAGUGUACUACUUCCCAACAGCUGAAGACGAUGAGGACGGACCGACUUUCAAGGAGAAGCUUCUAGAAUGUUUAAUGAAGGGAAUAGACUUGUUCUGUGUGUGGGACUGCUGCUGGCUCUGGCUGGAGUUCCAGAAGUACGUGGCUCUGCUGGUGUUUGACCCCUUUGUAGAACUGUUCAUCACGCUUUGUAUCGUGGUCAAUACUCUGUUCAUGGCUUUGGAUCACCACGACAUGGACAGAGAUAUGGAGAAGGCGCUCAAAAGUGGCAACUAUUUUUUCACUGCUACAUUCGGUAUUGAAGCUAUGCUAAAACUGAUUGCAAUGAGUCCGAAAUAUUACUUUCAAGAGGGUUGGAAUGUAUUUGAUUUUAUAAUUGUGGCCUUAUCAUUAUUAGAAUUGGGACUCGAAGGUGUUCAGGGUUUGUCUGUGUUGCGUUCAUUUCGUUUGCUUCGAGUAUUCAAAUUGGCAAAAUCAUGGCCGACCCUUAAUUUACUCAUCUCUAUAAUGGGUAGGACGAUGGGUGCCUUGGGCAACCUGACCUUCGUAUUGUGCAUCAUUAUUUUCAUAUUUGCCGUGAUGGGUAUGCAACUAUUCGGAAAAAAUUAUUUGGAUUAUGUGGAUCGAUUUCCCGACGGAGACCUGCCUAGAUGGAACUUUACGGAUUUCAUGCACAGCUUCAUGAUAGUAUUUCGCGUGCUCUGCGGAGAGUGGAUCGAGAGUAUGUGGGACUGUAUGCUUGUCGGAGACGUUUCUUGCAUUCCGUUCUUCUUGGCGACUGUCGUCAUUGGCAAUCUUGUGGUACUUAAUCUCUUCUUGGCCCUGUUACUGUCAAAUUUUGGUUCGUCCAACUUAUCAUCACCAACGGCCGAUCAGGACACGAAUAAAAUAGCAGAGGCCUUCAACAGAAUAUCCAGAUUUCAGGAUUGGGUAAAGAAGAACAUCGCAGACAUGUUGAAGAUGCUCAAGAAUAAGCUCACGAACCAAAUAGCCAUACACGCUCCCGAACGAGUGGAUAACGAGCUUGAACUGGGCACUGACAUGGAUGAUGGAGUUCUCUACAAAGAUAAAAAAUUAAAAGACCAAGUGGAAGUAGCUAUAGGAGAUGGCAUGGAAUUUACGAUACCAGGUGACAAUAAGUACAAAAAAGGGAAAAUAUUGAUGAACAAUAUAAACGCCAUUACAGAUAACCAUACUGAUAACAGAAUAAAUUGUGAAAUGAACCACCAUGGAUAUCCAAUACAGGACGAUGAUACAAUAAGUCAAAAGUCUUACGGCAGUCAUAAAAUCAGAUCGUUUAAGGAUGAAAGUCACAAAGGGUCCGCAGACACAAUAGACGGUGAAGAAAAGAAAGAUGCCAGCAAAGAAGAAUUAGGUUUAGAAGAGGAGGUAUUAGAAGAUGAAGACGCCAAAUCUAAUGGACUCGGGGGAUUAGACAUAAAAGCUGUAGAAGGGGAAGCAGUGAUAGAAGAAACACCAUCGGACUGUUGUCCAGAGCCUUGCUACGCACGGUUUCCAUUUUUAGCUGGAGACGACGAAUCCCCAUUCUGGCAAGGCUGGGGCAUGCUUAGAUUAAAGACUUUCAGACUAAUCGAAAAUACAUACUUUGAAACAGCUGUGAUAACAAUGAUUUUACUUAGUAGUUUGGCUUUGGCAUUAGAAGACGUACAUUUACCUCAUCGACCAAUUCUUCAAGACAUACUAUACUACAUGGACCGAAUCUUCACCGUUAUAUUCUUCAUUGAGAUGUUAAUCAAAUGGCUUGCUCUUGGCUUUCAAAAAUAUUUCACGAACGCGUGGUGCUGGCUCGACUUUAUCAUCGUGAUGGUCUCGCUUAUAAACUUCGUUGCGGCGCUUUGUGGCGCCGGAGGCAUUCAGGCGUUCAAAACGAUGAGAACGCUUCGCGCCCUACGGCCGCUCAGGGCCAUGAGCCGCAUGCAGGGCAUGAGGGUGGUAGUGAACGCUUUGGUACAAGCCAUACCUUCUAUCUUCAACGUGCUGCUCGUGUGUUUAAUCUUUUGGCUCAUUUUCGCCAUCAUGGGUGUUCAACUGUUCGCUGGCAAAUAUUUUAAGUGUGUCGACAUGAAUCACACAACACUAAGCCAUGAAAUAAUACCGGACAGAAACGCCUGUAUUUUAGAGAACUACACCUGGGAAAAUUCACCAAUGAACUUUGACCACGUCGGCAAGGCUUACUUAUGUUUAUUUCAAGUUGCAACCUUCAAAGGAUGGAUUCAAAUCAUGAAUGAUGCUAUUGAUUCAAGAGAGGUUGGCCGUCAACCAAUACGAGAGACGAACAUUUACAUGUAUCUUUAUUUUGUAUUCUUUAUUAUUUUUGGAUCAUUUUUCACUCUCAACCUAUUCAUUGGUGUGAUCAUCGACAACUUUAACGAACAGAAGAAGAAAGCCGGAGGCAGUUUGGAGAUGUUCAUGACUGAAGAUCAGAAAAAGUAUUACAAUGCUAUGAAAAAGAUGGGCUCCAAAAAGCCGUUGAAAGCUAUACCAAGACCGAGGUGGCGGCCGCAAGCCAUAGUUUUUGAAAUAGUAACAGACAAGAAAUUCGACAUGAUCAUUAUGUUGUUCAUCGGUCUGAACAUGUUGACGAUGACGUUGGAUCACUAUCAGCAGUCUGAGACGUUCAGCAUGGUUCUGGACUACCUUAAUAUGAUAUUCAUCGUGAUAUUCAGUUCAGAGUGCCUAUUAAAAAUUUUCGCCUUAAGAUACCAUUAUUUUGUGGAACCGUGGAAUUUAUUCGAUUUUGUAGUCGUCAUGUUUUCUAUUUUAAGUUUGGUGUUGAGUGAUAUAAUAGAAAAAUACUUUGUGUCGCCUACUCUACUGAGAGUAGUCAGAGUCGCAAAAGUGGGUAGAGUGCUUCGACUCGUGAAGGGUGCGAAGGGCAUACGAACUUUAUUAUUUGCCUUGGCCAUGUCACUGCCAGCUCUAUUCAAUAUUUGUCUACUGUUGUUCCUUGUGAUGUUUAUCUUCGCCAUUUUUGGAAUGUCUUUUUUCAUGCACGUCAAAAACAAAGGAGGUCUCGACGACGUGUACAACUUCAAAACGUUCGUGCAGAGCAUGAUCCUGCUAUUUCAGAUGUCGACAUCGGCGGGCUGGGACGGCGUGCUGGACGGCAUCAUCAACGAGGAGGAGUGCGACUUGCCGGACAACGAGCGCGGCUACCCCGGCAACUGCGGCUCCGCCACCAUCGGCAUCACAUACCUCCUCUCCUACCUCGUCAUCUCCUUUCUCAUCGUCAUCAACAUGUACAUCGCCGUCAUUCUCGAGAAUUACUCGCAGGCGACGGAGGAUGUGCAGGAGGGCCUAACGGACGACGAUUACGACAUGUACUACGAGAUCUGGCAGCGCUUCGAUCCGGAGGGCACGCAGUACAUCCGGUACGACCAGCUGUCCGACUUCUUGGACGUGCUGGAGCCGCCGCUGCAGAUACACAAGCCGAACAAGUACAAAAUAAUAUCCAUGGACAUACCGAUAUGCCGCGGCGACAUGAUGUUCUGCGUGGACAUCCUCGACGCGCUGACGAAGGACUUCUUCGCGCGGAAGGGCAACCCCAUCGAGGAGCCGGUGGAGGUGGGGCGGCCGGACGAGGUGGGCUACGAGCCCGUGUCGUCGACGCUGUGGCGCCAGCGCGAGGAAUACUGCGCGCGGUUGAUCCAGCACGCGUGGCGGCGGCACCGGCGCGCACAGUCGCCGGGCGGCGAGUCCGGCGCGUCGGCGGCGCCCGGGCCCGGCGAGGAGGGCGCGCCCACGGCCGUGCUGCUGGACGCCGGCGCCGGCCGCGUGGUGCUCGGCGCGGGGGCCAACGCGCGCCCGCCCGAGCCGGCACCGCCGCGCGCCCGUCUGACCCGCGCUAGCGCUCGCGCUGCUGCCCGCGCUCGUGGACGACGCGCCGCUGCCGCUGCCCGCACCGCUGCCCGAGCUCUUGAGCCCACCCAAGCGCACUUAAUUACUAUUAUUUACGCUAGUCGUUUCGAGUUCUCUGCUGCGGGCGAGCGACGCGCCGCGGCGCCGGACGGUCCGAGCGCGCGGAGACGCGAGCGUUCACCGGAGUGUUUUGUGUUCGCGCGGCCGAAGCUCGCGGGACGAUCUGUUUUGCGACCGGAGUCGCGCCGCGUUUCACCGUCUAGUGGUUCGCUUCGUUGGGUCGUCCCGGUCCGCGAGGCGACAUCGAGCGCCCGCUCGAGUGCGGACGUGCCGUUUUUCGUCGCUAGUAUUAUAAGAUAUCGGAUAGGUGAUAAACAUUAAAGCUUAUUUUUGUAUUCGACGAAGACUACACUCUACUCGUGUAAAUUUACGAGCGGCUCGGCGAGAGUGUCUCGACUCCCGCGGGGCGCGGGCGCCGCCCUGUUCCCCGUGGCGGCGCCGACGCCCGCCGGGAGGACGCCGCCUCCGCUCGAGGCAUUAGUGUCCCGUGUAUACGGACAUCGCUACACUCGUAUUAGUUUUAACCUUACUUUGAUUGUGUUCGAACGCUAGCGUACACCUGUAUACCUCCGCUCGGAGAAGCGACGGCUACGCCUAUUCAUAUCAAAUUUGUCCAUGGUAGAUUUUAGUAGCUCCGAUUUUUAAGCUUCUCGCUGUACCGAAACGACGUCUCCUACCUUUCUAGUCGGGAUCGGAUUCUCGAGGUUUAAAAAAUUUUUGCAGCAUCGUCUACGUAAGCUUAGCGAAUCGACAGCGAAAUCGGUACCAGAGUUCACUUCCGUCCUAAAUCAGUACGCAUCAUAAGAAUCGAGCCAUUUUACGUAAUGCGCACGCGCACGCGCGCGCCCCGCGCGGAUCCCCGGCGCGCGGGCGCGGCGCGGGCGGCGCGGGACUUCCCCGCCCCCGCCGCCCGCGCCAUCUACCCGUUUCAGAUUUUUAUUGUCAGCGGGCUGGUACUGCUUCCAUUAACGUUACUCGUGCACAUAUUUUCGGCGACGUUUUUGCAUCGCAGACGUCUACCGCGCGGUGGACGCCGGUAUAUAUCGCGGGACGAGAUUCGGCCCCCGAGAGACGCGACAAUUAGCAGUAAGAUUAUUAUCGAUAAACUACGAGCGAACGUCCCCGAGUCCCCGUCUACAGAGUGAGGUAGACCACCGAGAUAGCAGUUAUUUUUCGAUCGACAUCACCGCGCCCGGCGGCGGCCGGCGCGGCGCGGGCGACCGGCGCGGGCGUCGCGGCGACGUCCCGAGGUCGAGCUUCGUCGGUGUCGUCUUUUCUAGCACAAGUAAAUUAAUAAAUUAUAAAAUUUUGUAAAUUAACUUUUAAAGGUGAUCAAAUUUUCUAUUUCUCUGUACAUAUUGCGAGCUUGCCCGCCGGCGCGACCGGAAGCCCGGGGCGACGGACGUCCCGCGCCCCCCACCCCGCCCGCGAGCCGCGCGUCGUUCGGUCGCGGGAGACGCGAAUCGCGGAGUGCGAGACAAAGUAACGUCGCGAAAUUUUAAAGAGUCAGUGUAUCGUAAACUAAGAGAGACGCUUAACGUUUUGCACCUAUUUUGCAAUAAUUUACGACUACGAAUAAUAAAUAUGUAGAUACUUUUAUAAAGGAUUCGGCCGCCGAUGAGCGCGCGCGGGCGACCUUCCCCGGCGCCCGCGCGCGGCCGGCGGUCGCAGUUCGGUCGGCAUUCGAUGUUCGCGGCUGUAUGUCGUGGUGUUCACGCUUAGCCGAGCCUGGGAGCGACGGUCCGCCGCGCGCCCGCGAGGUGCCGCGAGUUUCGAUGUUUCAAUAUCAUUUUUGUAUUAAACGCGAGAGGAGUACACAAAAAUAUGUGAACGCCUCCGUGUAGCUCGACGUAAUCCGCUUUGUAAACGGUCGUGAACGAAGUUAGUGUGACAUUGUGUUUAUGUGACAUUGUAUUUAUCGUGUAAACGUUCCGAGCGCCUCGCGGCGGACCGUGUCUCGGGGCUCGAUGUAUGUUUUUAAAUGAAAUUCGUUUAAUUUGGUAAAACCAAUUUAUCUACUAUUAGGCAUAUUGGCACAAAAAAGUUGUGUUAAAUUAAGUUAGACAAUAAGUUCAGAUAUCAUUGUAUUAUUUCGUAAUUCUUUAAAUAAACUUAUGACGAAAAAGUGAGUUGAGUUUGCUGAAUGAAAAAGAUUUAAUUGAGUAUUUAUUAUAUAUAUUGUUGAAGUUUGUACAAAAUAAAUUAAG